UUCGCAAAGUCCCUCCUUCCAUCUUGUACUUUUACUUUCUGAAUGGUCCUUCAUGGCCACAAAUUACUUCUCUAAUCAUUCUCAAUCCCGUUUUCUCCCAAACUCAGCUCCUUCAUCCUCCCAGCAGCAGCAGCCACAACAACAACCAGCAAAUCCUCAGCCAACCCCUCGUUCUCGUCUGCCGUCUUCCAAACAUUUUUCUACAUCUGUCUCCUCAUCUCUCAACGCCGAUCGUGAACAUACAUCAGCUACUCAAGGCUCUUCCUCUAACGGGAGUACCACCAUUCACCCUUUGAAAAAUACCUGGGUAUUUUGGUUUCGCCAACAUCGCGCACCUGGUAAUAAAAUAACGAACUACGAAGAAGGUAUCAAGAAGAUAUCUUCGCUCAGCUCUGUCGAGUCUUUCUGGUCUCUCUGGACACAUCUCACUCCGCCUUCUUCACUACAACCCACCACUGAUUAUCUCGUUUUCCACUCUGGGAUCCGUCGACCAGUUUGGGAAGAUCCUUUGAACAUCACGGGCGGGAAGUGGGUUAUUCGCCUCAAGAAAGGCGUAGCAGACAGAAUAUGGGAAGACCUCGUUCUGGCUAUUCUUGGUGAACAGUUUGAUGAAUGUCGACAACCUUCUGAUGAAGUGAGUGAUGACAAUGCCGUCGCACGAAAUUGGGAGGACAGUAGCGACUCUGGGUCGGAUUUCCCGGAAAUCUGUGGGUGCACUCUUAGCGUCAGGCAGAGUGAGGAUAUUCUUAGUCUAUGGAAUCGAGUGGAAAACGAUGUCAAGGUUCGCGAAAGGAUAAGAGACACCAUGCGAAGAGUCCUCAAUCUACCUACAUCCACCAUAAUGGAAUACAAGACUAAUAACGAUUCGAUGAACAACGAUAGGUCCAGUUUUCGUAAUUCAGCAAUUGAUCGAACGCCUUACUCAUAGCAUGAGACGAAGGAAGUUUGAAGAGGCAGUGGUCUAAUGUACCUUCCUAACAUUAUGCAUAACUUGCUGUAAAUCUUUGAGGCUCCCCUCACUCUAGAUCCAUCUUGGUGGACAGUCAGAGAUAAAGUCAUGUACAAUGAUAAUUACCAUAACUAUAACCUCCGAAACCUUUACGCAAAGAUGAAGAGGUGUCGAAUCAAAGUCGUGAGGCC